AUGGACUACUCAGAGAAUUUGGUCAGGAUAGUUGUGGUUUUUGUAACAAGAGAAUUUUUAGACAAAGACAAAGACUUUGAGACCUUUAAGACCAGAUCUGACAGUGAUAGUGAAAUUACAUACAGUAGUAUCAUGGAGUUUUCAGCAAAAGAGAUUGACAAUAUUGUCACAGCUUUUAAAGAAUUAGAUGUUAAACCAAAUGUAGAUUCACCUCAAAGUUUUAUCGAUUGGAUGGUUUGGCACUAUGAAGUUCGAUGCUUAAUGCAAGAAGGAUAUCCUACAGAUAAAAUACUUCAAGCCAUUCGACAGUCCCUGAAAGGAGAAGCCAGCAGAACUGUCAUGAACCUAGGUGUCGAAGCAACUCUAUCAGACAUUCUCGCUAGGUUGGACAGUGUAUAUGGACUUGUCGAUAGGGCUGAGGCUAUUCUUGCUGAUUUCUAUUCAGCACGACAGAAACCCAGUGAAAAUGUUACAUCAUGGAGUUGUAGGUUGGAGGACAUUAUGUGUAAAGUAUGUCAGACUAAGGACAUUGACCAUACAGAAAGGAAUUUAAUGCUACACAACAUGUUAUGGAUUGGACUCAAACCUUCACUGAAGCACAUAACUGGAUAUCUGUACGACAGCAUUCAAAGUUUCGAUGAACUGUUAGUGGCUUUGAGGAGAGUGGAACAAGAACACUUGGUUGAUAGUGAUUGUCCUACGCAAAACAGAAAUCUUAUGGAGUCAGAGGAGAAACAGAAUUCACACAAGAGACAGAAAUCUGUGAAAAAGAAAGACACUAAUGACAAUGUGAGUUCUACCACCAUGCAGAUGUCCAUGAAGUCAGACACAGAUAAUUCUAUCGUAAAUAGGCAGGAUCAUGAACAAAUGAACAUUGGAACUGUGUCAUCGUCAUCCUAUGUACCAUAUGAUAAUCCAAACCAUUAUACAGUGAAUGAACCUGUGUGUUACAAAUGUGGACAACAUGGUCACAUUGCGAUUGGAUGUCGAGUAAUUACGCACCACAAGAGACGACCCUACUACACUCGGAAGUCUUCAGAACGAGGAUACAUACAUCAGCAGUAUACACCAUCCUCAAAGACUUACAAUAAGAAAUCAUCAUUGAUUGGAGAGUGUAAUGAAGUGUCCGUCAAGAUUUUUGAUGUUGCAACCACUGCACUACUUGACACUGGAUCAACCGUCUCUACCAUCAGUGAAACUUUCUACAAGGAACAUUUCCCUGAAAUUCCCUUGCAAUCUUUAGACUUUGCAUUGAAUGUGGAAUGUGCAGAUGGACUACAACUUCCAUAUUCAGGAUACAUUUCACUGGAUGUACAGAUAUCGGGAAUUUCAUCAUUCCCCUUACUGAAUAACUGUUUGUUCCUGGUUGUUCCACAGAGUGCGUAUAAUUUGAAGGUUCCUGUUCUUAUUGGGACAAACCUACUGUGCAUCAUAAUGGAGACUACCAAGGAUAUGUAUGGAAACCAAUUUUUACAGAGAGCAGACAUGUAUACGCCAUGGUACCUGUCCAUGAGAUGCUUGGUAAUGCGUGAAAGAGAACUUGCCAAGAACAGAGACAUUCUAGCUUUCAUCAGAUCAGCAGAGAGUAGGAAGAUAACUAUACCUGCCAACAGUGAAGUUGUAAUUAAUGGUUACCUGGACAAGAAAGUUAAUUAUGAACCAGUGUGUGCUAUUGUACAACCAACAACUUCAUCGUUUAUUCCUGAUGAUUUGGAUAUUUCCCCUACUCUUGUCUCAUACCAUUACCAAAAUACUGAACUAGUGCCUAUCCACAUAACGAACGUAUCAACUAGGACAGUUACAGUUCCACCAAAAGCGUUAUUAUGUGAACUCCAGCCUGUUACAGUGGAAAGUCAGAAGCAGUUUACUGGAGAGAAAAUGCCAGAUUUUGACAUCAUGGAAAAGAUAAAGAUUGAAGAUAGUAACUUGGAUGCAACAGAACUACAGAAAGCAGUUCGACUAAUAAAGACAUACAAUGAUGUAUUUUCCAAAAAUGAUGAGGACAUUGGACUUACAGCAAGAGUGAAACAUCAGAUAGAACUUACAAAUACAGUGCCAUUCAAACAGCGACACAGAAAGAUUCCAAUCAAUAUGAUUGAUGAACUGAGGAAUCACAUACAACAACUUCUAACAAGUGGUGUCAUCAGGAGAUCAAGGUCACCAUGGGCCAGUAAUGUGGUGUUAGUGAGGAAGAAGAGUGGUCAACUAAGGAUGUGCAUUGACUACAGACAGUUAAAUCAGAGGACAGUAAAGGAUGCGUAUGCUCUUCCUAGAAUUGAUGACAUCUUAGAUUCUCUUCAUGGUAACAAAUAUUUCACAGUCCUUGACAUGAAGAGUGGUUAUCAUCAAAUAGAGAUAGAGGAAAAGCACAAGGAGCGCACAGCCUUCACUGUAGGCCCACUUGGAUUCUUCGAGUAUGAACGAAUGCCAUUUGGAUUAGCCAAUGCGCCCGCCACCUACCAACGGCUGAUGGAAGACAUAUUUGCAGAUCUUAACCUUAGUAUUUGCCUAAUUUACUUGGAUGAUAUUAUCGUGUUUUCAAGGACAUUUGAGGAUCAUCUCGAGAGGCUAGACAAAGUUUUACAAAGAAUACGGAAUUCUGGAUUAAAACUAUCACCAUCCAAAUGCCAAUUCUUCAAAACUAAGGUUAAAUAUGUUGGACAUAUUAUUUCUGCAGAGGGAAUAUCACCAGACCCAGACAAAGUGGAUAAAGUGAAGUCAUGGCCAGUACCAAGAACACCCGAGGAAGUACGAAAAUUUUUAGGAUUCAUUGGCUAUUAUCGGAAAUUCAUUAAGAAUUUUUCCAAAAUUGCCAGACCACUUACAGAUUUAACACCUAGUCCACAGUCUUCAAAGAAAAGAAGAAAACAACAGAUAUCAGUGACAUGGAAAUGGGGUAAAGAUCAACAAGAGGCUUUUGAUGUUCUACGCCAGCACUUAACAUCACCGCCCAUACUUGGCUAUCCAGACAUGACACUGCCAUUUGAACUUCAUACUGAUGCAAGUUCCAGAGGACUUGGUGCCAUUCUUUACCAAGAACAGAACGGGAUGAAGCGAGUCAUUGGAUACGCUAGUAGAGGACUUACACCUGCAGAACGAAAUUACCCUGCCCAUAAGCUUGAGUUUUUGGCUUUGAAAUGGUCCAUCACAGAGAAGUUUAAGGAUUAUUUAUAUGGAUCCAAAUUUACUGCUAUUACAGACAACAACCCAUUAACUUACAUCCUUUCCAAUGCCAAAUUAGACGCAACAGGCCACAGAUGGGUUGCAGCAUUAUCUGCCUAUGAUUUCGACAUCAAAUACAGACCAGGGAAGAACAACGCAGCGGCAGAUGCAUUAUCACGAUUGGAGCCUAACAGUACAGAAAUGGUUACCAUCUCAUCUGAUUCUAUCAGUGCCAUCAGCAAGUUACAAACAACACCUUGCAUAGAAUCAAUUUCCAUCUCAGAACGACCACUUGCCCAGUUACAAGAUCCACAUGGCUUGAUGAGGUUUGAUAUUGCAAAGGCUCAACAAGAUGACCCUGAACUAUUACCCUGGAUACAGAGUAUUUAUGAUGGAUACAAGCCAAAGAAGAGUGAGUUAUCAGGAUCCUUUGCAGACACCAUAUUGUUUAGAAACUUUGACAAACUAAAGCUAAUUAACAACAUCCUGUACAGAGAAGUUAAGGUGGAUGAGAACAAAGUCAAUCAGCUUGUUGUACCCUCAAACUUAGUAGGCCAUGUACUGAAGUCUCUACACAACAACAUGGGACAUCCUGGAAGAGAGAAGACAUUAGGUUUACUUAGGGAUAGAUUCUUCUGGCCUGGACAGUACAAGGAUGUAGAAAACUGGAUUACAGAAUGUAGAAGAUGUAUACUUAGGAAAACACCGGCCCAGGACAAAGCUGAACUUACCAACAUCAUCACCUCGCAGCCGCUUGAACUGGUGUGUAUGGAUUUCCUGUGUUUGGAGAGAAGUAAGGGAGGUUAUGAAAAUGUACUUGUGAUAACGGAUCAUUUUACCCGUUUUGCCAUCGCCGUACCAACUAGAAACACAACAGCCAGAACAACAGCGGAAGCAUUUUUCAACAAUUUUAUAGUACACUAUGGACUCCCCAAACGCAUUCAUUCUGAUCAAGGUGCAAACUUUGAGAGUAAACUUAUCAAGGAAUUAUGUCAACUUUUCGGCAUUUCAAAAUCAAGAACUACACCAUACCACCCGAUGGGGAAUGGACUUUGUGAGCGCUUUAACAGGACUUUAAUAAACAUGUUAGGAACAUUAGAACAAUCAAGAAAAGCAGACUGGAAAUCUUACAUAGCUCCCAUUGUACAUGCAUACAACUGCAUGAAACAGGAAACUACAAAAUUUUCGCCUUAUCAUCUUAUGUUUGGAAGAGAACCUAAUCUGCCAAUUGACAUUGAAUUUGGAUUAGAUAAAGGAAAUCAGAAAUCAGCAUCCCUUACAAAGUACAUAGACAACUUGAAAGAGCGACUAAGGAAAUCUUAUCAGUUGGCAUCAGAAGCUGCAAGAAAAUCACAGCAAAGACAAAAGGACAACUAUGAUCUUAAAUCCAGAGGAGCUGUAUUAGAAGUUGGUGACAGAGUCCUGGUUAAGAUUGUGGCCUAUGAUGGACGUCAUAAACUUGCAGACAAAUGGGAAGAAGAACCCUAUCUGGUGAUUAGCCAACCAAAUGAAGGGAUCCCUGUCUACAAAGUUCAGAGAGAAGACGGUGCUGGUAGAGUAAGGAUACUUCAUAGAAACCUACUCUUACCCAUUGGACAUGUUACAGAGUUUCAACCAAAGGUAGAUUCCAAACAAGAGAAACCUAUUCCAGCAAUGCGGAAACCUACACCAAAGCCAAGGACUAGACAGAACAAGAGGGAAAACGGUGACACACAGUCCACUGUCGAUACCCAGUCAGAUACAGAUGAUGAAGAAGCAGUCUAUAUAACAAUACCAGAUGGAACACAACGUCAUCACAUUGAUGCCCCUAACAUUGUGUUACCUGAAGUUGAGACGGAAAUUGGGAUUGUUGAUGAAGAUCUCCAAACAGUUGGGGACGCCCAUCAGAUUGGAGAAGAUAUAUUGCAAGAGAAUGCAGAUAAAGAGACUGCUAUGGAACCUGCACCACAAGCAGAUGAUCCAGAAUCUGAAGCUGAACCAGCACCUGUUAUUGAACAGGAAGAUAAAGUUGAACUAGCAGAAGAAGCUGAACCAGCAGAAGAAGCUGAACCAGCAGAUGAAAGUGAACCAGGAUUAGAUGACAUAAGUUCACCUGUUGCUGCUCCACGCAGGUCAACCAGGCCUAGAAGAGAGCCAGAUUGGUUAAGAAGUGGAAAUUAUGUGCGAUUACAACAGGCGAAUAUUGAUCCGCAUUGGUCUGAGAAAGCAAAGUUACUACAGAACAUUCUUCAAGAUGAAAGAUGUCAAGGAUUUGAACGAGUUUUGGUGGUUCUGAGUUGUUCUCAGAUGGACUACUCAGAGAAUUUGGUCAGGAUAGUUGUGGUUUUUGUAACAAGAGAAUUUUUAGACAAAGACAAAGACUUUGAGACCUUUAAGACCAGAUCUGACAGUAAGUAUAAAGUUUAA